GUUAUUAAGAUCGGCCGAGUAUUUUCGCCUCAGAGAGAGGCGGGUUGACUGCCAGAUAUUACGAAGGGUGACCGAGUACAUACGCUGCGAGGAGUCCACGCAUUUCCGAUGUGCGUUUCACGAGCUCUUCCCGUGGCUAUGCGUCAGCGUCUUCUAGCAGACCACGCCCCCUAUUAGGAGGAAGGGAAGUUUUGAUAUUUUGAAUUUGCUGAUUGGAGCGAUUGUCCGAAGGGUCGGCUAGUCAUUGGGCACAACUCUUCUACGAAUCAAAUAGGUGGCUUGAUUAGUUCUCCCGACUUCUUCGUCUUCGAGCUCGUCUCGUUUCUUUCCAAGCUUCGCCCUUGGGUUGUAAACCCUGUCCGUUUCCUGCAGUGCGAUUUGGUGAUUUCACUUCGCGCUCCGAUUCACUGGGAUUUGCUGAUUCCAUUUCGAUCUUCGACCUGCUCGACUACUUUACUCUGCUUGUAACUCUUUGUUUUUUCUUUUCGCGUUUUCUGACUCGGUAAAUGCAUCUGCGAAUGGAAAGGCGACUCACAAGGGGCUGGAAGAGAGCAGUGCAGCAUGUCCCACCCCGCACCCUGGACACAGUGGGGCGAAUGGAAAGUGAAGACACGCGUAACAUCGGAAAAUGUUAUGAUUGACAGGGAAGGAGGAAGCAACGGUGAAAGAGAGGAGAAUCUUCGUGGAAGGAAUCGUGAAUAUUCGGCAACAAGAAUCUGUGCAGCAGAAGCUGUGGUGAUCUACUGCGUGUCUCGAGUUCACAAGGUGUCCAGAUUCACGUUUCACGAUAAUGCAGUCCUUCGGAGCUGAGUUGAUGAGCUAUGAGGGCUAGAUCCUAGACUUGUCUCUGCAGUUCGUUUGAUAGCUGGCUAUUCGGCACGAUUCUUUUGCAUCAGAAGCUUCUUUUUUUUUUUUUUUUUUUUUUUUUGCAGCAGAAGCUAUUCGAGGAAGGAACGGUGAAACUGACGAGUGUUCGAGGAAGUGUGUUCGAGGAAGGAACUGUGAAACUUCGACGAGUUUUCGAGGGAGGAAGGAUCUGUGAACUUCGGCGAGUGUUCGAGGAAGCGACUGUGAUACUUCGAGUGUUCGAGGAAGCAAUUGUGGAAACUUCGGUAUGAAUCUCUGCAGCAGGAUCUGAGGAAGGUAUUGUCAAUGGCCCUCGCUCAACUACACUACAUAGACAGAAGACAGAAAAUAAUAUGGCGGUGAAUCUUUCCAUGUUCUAGAAAAAGAUUCAUUCUCAUUUUGCACAUUUGGUGAGUAGUGGAGCGAGCCCCAAUAAUGUUCGGCAAGAAUCUGUGCAGCAGAAGCUGUGAUGCGUUUCUUGAGGUUCAGAGUUGUACCCAUUCACGAUAAUGCCGAAGUGUAUUUGAAAUUCUUCUCAUAUUAGAGUCGUAUCUUUGGUGGGCAUGCAGUGCUAUGGGGGCUAGGCGGGUGGUAGCUAUUAGCUACCGUCUUCACCGGAAUGGAACGCCUGGUCAUUAUCGCCGCAUCUGGGCUGCAAAUUGCGCCAAGUGUA